CACAAUUCCAAAAUGGAUGCCUUUUUAAAUCAAUCAAAAAAGCAGGAUAAUGCUUCGACAACAUUAAUGGAAAUUCCUUGGGUUGAGAAAUAUCGUCCACGGAAAGUUGAGGAAGUAGCUUUUCAAAAUGAAGUUGUAUCGGUGCUGAAAAAAGUCUUGGAAGGAGCUGAUUUACCAAAUUUAUUAUUUUAUGGACCGCCAGGAACUGGUAAAACAUCAGCAGCUAUUGCAUUGUGCCGACAAUUAUUCCGUAAUACCGAAACAUAUCAUGAUCGAGUUAUGGAAAUGAACGCAUCCGAUGAACGAGGCAUUAACAUCGUUCGCAACAAAAUAAAAGAAUUUGCUCGACGAGCUGUUUCAUCACACUUACCAGAUGGAAGUCCUGUUGUGGGUUUAAAGGUAAUUAUACUGGAUGAAGCAGAUGCAAUGACUACUCCUGCCCAAGCGGCUUUACGACGAACGAUGGAAAAAGAAUCACGCACUACUCGUUUCUUCCUCAUAUGUAAUUAUAUCACUAGAAUAAUAGAUCCACUCACUUCUCGUUGUGCCAAAUUUCGGUUCAAAUCGAUUUCAUCGGAAAGUCAGGGAAAAAGACUUGAAUGGAUUUGCCAAAAUGAGAACAUUGAGUUUGAUCCGCUGGCGAUCGAUGAAUUAAUCGAAUUAUGUGAUGGUGAUAUGCGAAAAAGUGUCACCGCAUUACAGACAAUAUCAUCGUGUCAUAAAAAAUUACUUCCAAGUGAUGUACGACAAUUUCUUGGAGCUAUACCGGAUGAUGUGGUAGAGCGAUUCUUAACUGCAUGUAGAUCUUGUAAUCAUGAUCAGUUGUAUGCAUGCGUAGAAAGUAUCAGGCGAGAAGGAUAUGGCGUUUAUCAGUUGCUGAAACAAUUUUUCUACAUAUGCUUACAUCUCGAAGACCUUACCGAUUUAAAAAAGCUAUGA